GAAUCCUUCCCUCCUCACCCAACUGAUCAAGCAAUACCCAUACAAGAAGAUUGAAACAGAAAUAAAGAGAAAAAGAGAGAACCAUGAAAACCAGUUUCAGAGUUCUAAUUCCUAUUCUUGUGAUACAACUUCUGAAAGUUGUGUGUGCUUCAAAGGAUUUUGAUUUCUUCUAUUUCGUUCAACAGUGGCCAGGGUCUUACUGUGAUACAAAGAGAAGCUGUUGCUACCCAACAACAGGAAAGCCAGAUGCAGACUUUGGCAUUCAUGGGCUUUGGCCCAACUACGACGAUGGGACAUAUCCCUCUAACUGCGAUAGCAGUACCAGAUUUGUUGCAUCUGAGAUCUCAGACCUGACCAGUAGUCUGGAAGCAAACUGGCCUACACUUGCCUGCCCAAGCAGUGAUGGUUUGAAAUUCUGGUCACAUGAAUGGUUGAAACAUGGGACCUGCGCAGAAUCUGUCUUUGAUCAACAUGGAUACUUCGAAGCAGCUCUCAAACUCAAGAAACAAGUGAACCUGCUCCAAGCCCUUGAGAGUGCAGGAAUCAAACCAGAUGGGAGGUUUUACAGCGUACAAAGUAUUAAGGAAGCCAUAAAAGAAGCCACUGGAUUCACUCCUGGAAUUGAAUGCAAUGUUGAUAGAGAAAGGAACCAUCAGCUCUACCAGGUUUACUUGUGUGUAGACAAUUCUGGGUCUAACUUCAUUGAGUGCCCAGUUGCCCCAAGUAGCCGCUGCGGUGGGAAAAUUGAAUUCCCUCGUUUCGGAUCACACGGAAGAGAUGAAUUCUGAUCACAUAGAACUAUAAUAGAGAUUGUCUUCAUAAUCCAUUAGCUUAUUUGGCUAAUAAGAAGCUCUAAAUGUUAAGAAAAAAAAAGAGCAGGUCUCACCCUUUACCAUUGUUUUGCUUGGGCUUUUUGUAGCUUUGGGCUUUCUUACCUGUCAACUUCCUCUUAUUUUCCAAUAAAUUUCUCUUAUAAAAAAAAAUAGAAAU